AUGGCUGGUGCUUGCAGUGGCACCAGCGCCACUCCUGCGCACGCCGGCGCGGGCACCAUGCAGGGCAUCUCAGAGGCAGCCUUCUCCUUCGCCAAUUUCCUGGGCCCAAUCCUGGGGAGCCACGUGGCCACUUCAGGCGGCUCCCAAGGGCUUCGCCUGACGAUUCUCGGCCUGGUCGUGGCAGAGGUGUUGCUCCUCUGCGUUGGAUUUUCGCGCCUCGUUCCAGGGUCUGAGCUCUAG